UGUAGCUCGUCUAUCGGUAACCCAAUACCAAGAUUACUUUACGAUUCCUGUUCAAAGCUAGUUAAAAUCAAGUAAAUCUAGUCCUGAACGGGUUUUCAUGGAUAARUAUGCUGGCGUUCAAAGAACCGCGUGAUAGACUUAUGAAAUCUUCGAAACUUUGCUAUCGUCCUCGAGGGAAUUUUAUAGUUCUUUGGACCGUCAGCUAGACUUCUCUUUGAAGCUAUAGCAAUAUAUGGCAAGCUUAGCCUUCCUYAGAAGACCAAUUGUGUCACUGCAAUACAGCUAUCACUUGUCUCGUCGCAGCUUUGCAUCCCUUGUGGACAAACAUUUCAGAAAACUAAGCCCUGAAGAGAUUUCACCAAAGAAGGAUUAUAACAUUGCUGGUCGUAAAUGGCUGCCUGGUUCACAAGGAGAAGGCUUCCCCAAAUACUUGAAUAAAGCCAGAGAAGGAUUCCCCUWUGCACUUGAGGCAUUGCCUACUAGCAACCAAACCUUGUCUGAAUGGGCAAAAGUUGCUAGCCAAGUUAUAGAUGAAAAUCUUUCUAAGUAUGGAACAAUGGUACUACGAGGCCUCCCACUUGGUAAGAACGAGAAUAUUUCAGAGUUUUCCAAGAGUUURCCAUAUACACCUAUGAGCUAUCCAGGGGGAGGUGCUGCAGAUCGUAGCCUUCAUGAUGAGAAGGCCACAGUGUACACAGCAAGCAACGAACCCCCUGAAUUUACCAUUGAACUGCACAAUGAGCUGGGAUACUUGCCUGUGUACCCAAGAAAGCUGAUUUUCUAUUGUCUUCAAGAACCUGCAGAGGGUUGUGGAGGGUUUACUGUAAUCUGCGACAGUAAGGAAUUUGUGGGAAGACUGGAUCCUGAGAUGAUAAAAAAGCUGGAAGAAAAACAAAUCUGUUAUGUUCACAGAUUGCCAGAUGACUCUAAAUCCUCUUAUAUGUCCUGGCAAAAGACAUUCAAGACUGACAAUAUCCAGGAAGUCAAAGACUAUCUGGAAAAGGGUGGUUAUGGAUAUUCAUAUGAUGAGAGCAACAGCACCAUGUCUUUCUGGAAUACUUUACCUGCUUUCAUGCCMCAUCCAGAUACUGGAGAGAAAAUAUGGUUYAACUCUGUUCACAUAACACAUUCUUCAGGUUUGAAGGAGUCACCUAUGUAUCCUGGCGAAGACAAACUGGACACAGUCUAUUCCUGGAAUACCACGUAUGGAGAUGGCAGCCCAAUUGAGCCAGAAGUCAUUCAGCAUAUUCGUGCUUGUAUGUGGCACAGURCRYAUGCAUUUCAGUGGAAGACUGGAGACAUGCUUAUUGUGGACAACAUGAAUGCACUCCACGGAAGACUGAGUUUUACUGGGGAGAGAAAAAUUCUGGCUUAUUUGAUGGCAGACUAACUUGUAGAAUAUAUGUUGUUUUUAUAGAAUUGUAAUAAUUAGUUAAUAUAUAAGAAACAAUAUUUUGGUAAAUGUGUAGAGAAUUAUAUAAUAAAACUACGCCUACUUUUAUUUGUGGGAUACCUGUGGUGUUGCACUCUGGGUAAAAUAAAUGGCGGCUUACAC